AUGCCAGCCCCGGUAGAGCUCGCACUGGCGACACUGCUGCCCACAGUCGCAUUCCUCCCACCCGACCUCAUCUCUCUCGCAGGUUCUCUUCUCUCACAAUCACGCGUCAUAGCCGCGUCCUUGAAGCCCGAGGAAGAGAUCGCCCGAACGUACGCUUGCGCACACAUCGCUUGCGAGAGACUGAAGAAGCGACUGGAUCUGGAAAUCGGCAAGCCUACGCCUCCAGUCAAGCCAAGAACAUACGACAAGCUGUACAAAUAUCUGGACGGCGCCUUAACGACGAGCACGCCAAGGACGCCGACUACGAAUCGAGUCAAAGAUGCGGUUGGGAAUGUCAGUGGGAGAGGGAAUGAUGCGACGCCUACGCGGAAAGUGCAAGAGGCGAAGACACCGACGACGAGUGGGAGGAAGAGGACGAGAGAGCAAGUAGAGAAGCCAGAGAGCGGAGCGCCCGAGUUCGCCAUGCCCCUGGUACGAGCGAUUUGCAAGGCGAAUGGGGUUGCCUCAGCAGCACCGCACAUAAUGGUUGGGGCGAUCUCUGUGGUUCAAGAGAUAGUAUCAAGAGCGCAGAGGAGAGUGAAUGGAGACCCGCCGAGUAAGAGGAGAAGGAAGACGCCUCAGUCUGCUAAAUCGGAUGUGUCGACUUCAGCCCCUGCAGUGGCUGAGGGCAUCCCUACGAGCAAAUGGCCAGCGUUGCUGAUAGCGCUGCAGCUAUUCACUGCAGCGAGGAUGAAAGGCGUGGAGGUGGAGGACGAGGAAAUCAAGGCUAUGAAGAAGACCGCUACAGAAGCUGUGAAGACAGUCUGCAGGGACAAGAAGGACUCGCUACCGGAGGACCUGGGGGCAGGUCUCAAGAAACUGGACUCGAAUAUCGACUUCUAUAUGCUCGAAGCAGAGGAUAGUGGCUGGCUCGACAUGGAGUGGUUUCAGAACAUCCCAGAGGGACAGGACCUGGAGCCUGAGAUCGAAGACAGCGAAGAGAAUGAUGAUGAGGACGUGCUGGUGACGUCGAAGAAGAGACCCUACAAGACGCCAUUGCAACGUAAGGAGAAGCAUGGAGGCAAAGCCGCAUUCGACUUGGAGGACGACGUUGGGGCGGCUGGCUUGCUACCAGGCCUAGGGACCAUGUUUCAGCCUACCAUAGAUUGGCUGAGUGAUGAGAGGAGACGAGACUUUGUCCAGUGGAAGAAGGGCAUUCUGAAGGAGAUCAAUGCGAUGGAGAUGGAAGUCUCAUGA